AUGAAGACCCAUGACAUCAACUUCGCUUCUCGGCCUGAGUUACUUGCCAGCAAAAUCAUCUGCUAUAAUAGCAUGGACAUCGGCUUUGCUCCUUACGGUAAAUACUGGUCACAGCUACGAAAAAUAUGCACAGUUGAAGUACUCGGCGCCAAACGCGUCCAGUCUUUCAGUUUCAUAAGAAAGGAAGAAGGAGAUAACCUUGUGGAUAGGAUCCGCAGGGCGAGGGGAUCGCCGGUGAACCUUAAAGAGAUGUUUUUAGCUUUGACGAGCGCGACUAUUUCUCGGGCGGCUUUCGGGAAGGACUGCGCUCAUCAGGAAAAAUUCCUAAAUGCGACGAGAGAGGCGUUCAGGCACUUGUCGGGAUUUGAUAUUGUUGAUUUCUUCCCAUCGUUGGGGUUCAUUGGCAAACUUACUGGUUCGAGGACUCGGUUGGAGAGAGUGCAUCAGCAUUUAGAUGAGAUCUUGAAUGAGAUUUUGGAGGAGCAUCAAGCAAAGAACUCUCAGGGAGAUGAUUCUGGAGAGGAUAUAGUUGAUGUUUUGCUAAGACUUCAGAAACAUGGGCAGUUGGAUAUUCCUCUUUCGUCGGACAAUAUCAAAGCUGUUAUAUUGGUAAAUUUUAUUUUAUUAAGCCAAC